GGCAGCACUGCGCGGGGCGGGCCCGCUUCCCGCCCCGCCGCCAAUGAGGGCCAGGGCCGUCACGGCGGCGCGUCACGGGAGCGGCCGCCAAGAUGGCGAAGGUGUCGGAGAUGUACGACGUGACUUGGGAAGAUAUGCGUGAUAAAAUGAGGAAAUGGAGGGAAGAAAACUACCGGAACAGUGAACAGAUAGUGGAUGUUGGAGAAGAGUUAAUUAAUGAAUAUGCAUCUAAACUUGGAGAUGACAUUUGGAUAAUAUAUGAACAGGUGAUGAUUGCUGCCCUGGACUGCAGUCGAGAUGAUUUGGCAUUGUUUUGUCUUCAGGAGCUAAGGCGGCAGUUUCCUGGGAGCCACAGAGUUAAGCGAUUAACUGGAAUGCGAUUUGAAGCUAUGGAAAGGUAUGAUGAUGCUAUCCAGUUAUAUGAUAGAAUUUUACAAGAAGAUUCAACUAACACAGCAGCAAGAAAGCGUAAGAUUGCCAUUCGAAAAGCCCAGGGGAAAAAUCUUGAGGCCAUCCGGGAGCUGAAUGAGUAUCUGGAACAAUUUGUUGGAGACCAAGAAGCUUGGCAUGAACUUGCAGAACUUUACAUCAAUGAACAUGACUAUGCAAAGGCAGCGUUCUGCUUAGAGGAGCUUAUGAUGACUAAUCCACACAACCACUUAUAUUGUCAGCAAUAUGCUGAAGUUAAAUACACUCAAGGGGGGCUUGAAAACCUUGAGCUGUCAAGAAAGUAUUUCGCGCAGGCACUGAAGCUUAACAACCGAAAUAUGAGAGCUUUGUUUGGACUUUACAUGUCUGCCAGCCAUAUUGCCUCCAAUCCAAAAGCAAGUGCAAAAAUGAAAAAAGAUAACAUGAAAUAUGCCAGCUGGGCAGCCAACCAAAUAAAUAGAGCAUACCAGUUUGCAGGUCACAGUAAGAAAGAAACUAAAUACUCUUUGAAGGCAGUGGAAGACAUGUUGGAGACCCUGCAAAUUACUCAGUCUUAGGUGGGCACAGAGAUCUAAUAUUAAAUUUUCCAAUACCAUGAUCACCCUGCGAUGACCU